CUAACCCGCCCCAUCCCCUCUAUAAAACUCCUACUCCGCAUUUCUUUAACCCUUCUUCCGCUCGCCUUUCGAUUUGUAUAACUGCGUUUCGUUUCUUUCUUCCGCCGUCAGCUAAGUCUCCCUUUCCUUUCUCUUUUAUCUUAAUAUCUCCGAUAUUUUCCUUCCCCUUUCGUGCUCCAUUGCCCCCACCCCCUCCCGGCACUCGUAUUUUUUGUUUCAUUGAAACAAUCGCUGGUCGUUAUCCAGAUCUAGGGUUUCUGAACUCUGCGUUAGUUCGAGUUCUCUUCGUACUUCGUAGAUCUUAAUUGGCUUCUGUACUCUUGGAUUUGGGAUAGGAGAUUAGGGUUUCGUUAACAAAGUAUCAAUGAUUUUGGAUCUUCUAUGAAUUACGCUAUUCUCAUGCGUGGAGUUCGAAUUCUCCACUCCUUCUCGGUUGUGUUUCUCUAUUGGUUUUACGUGUUUUCAUUGGUUAAUUUCUUGGGUGUUGAACGUCUCUUGUAAAUUUUGAUCCCUAUUUUCUCUCUUUCCUAACUAUUGUAGAGCCCUAAUUCUAAUUCAAUUAGUAAUAUCAAACUUCUAGUUGAUUUAACAGAGACUUCUUGCUAGCUCUUUGAGAUCUUUUUCUGUAGUAAAUUUUGGGCAAAAAGUAAGUUCUGCAAUGCAAAGGCAGGCAGCAAGCUAUGGAUCUGAUUCUGAUCCGCGUUAUGCCAAUGUCGACGAAAGGAAAAGAAAGAGGAUGAUAUCAAAUCGGGAAUCCGCCAGGCGUUCCAGGAUGAGGAAGCAAAAAAUGUUGGAGGAUCUGGUUAAUGAAGCGUCUCUUUUGCAGAAUGAGAAUAGUCGACUGAGGCAGAAUAUCAACGACAACACUCAACGGUAUGUGGAGAUAGAAUCCGCCAACAAUGUUUUGAGGGCUCAGGCCAUGGAAUUGACCGAGAGGCUUCGGUCCAUGAACUCGGUGCUCCAGAUCGUGGAGGAGGUUAGUGGCCUCGCUGUGGAGAUCCCUGAGAUACCCGAUCCCCUUCUGAAACCAUGGCAACUCCCUUGCCCAGUGCAACCCAUCAUGGCAUCUGCUGAUAUACUUCAGUAUUGAUAUUGUACCUGUUUAUCGAGUUGCUGGAAGCUGGGAUAUAUUUCCUCUUGUUGGGGGGGGGGGGGGGUGUUCUUUUUGUUAUGGGUUCGUUUGGUGUGGUGUGAGUGGUGUGUUAGGCGAAUCUUGGUAGCUUUGUGUCUUUGAUUGGACUGUUGUUGGGCAUGAAGUGUAAUGUGAUUUGCCACAUGGCAACUUCUAUUUCUAUCAAUGUUUAUAGUGGUUUGCAAUGUACUAGUUGUUUUCAAUAUCUGGGAAUUUCGUCAUUUUGAUUCUAUGCAAUUCAAUAUCGUGUUGGAUGUA